AUGGUGUUCGACUUCAUCUUUCCCGAACCGCAGGGCAUGCAGCCGCAGAUGCUGUUCUGGAUUUUCAUAACAUAUGGGUACAUCCUAUUCACCGCAGCCAACAUGCUCAGCGACGGCUCCGAGCUCCUACUUUUUAUCCCACAGGUGGCCGGCCUUGUCGGUAGUGUUGUUUUGCCAGUGCUGGGCGCUGUGCCAGAUGGCAUGAUGGUGCUCUUUUCUGGCAUCGGUCCCACAGAAGUGGCACAGGAAAAUGUGGCGGUUGGUGUCGGUGCUUUGGCAGGUAGCACCAUCAUGCUCCUCACAGUGCCCUGGUUCCUGGCACGCCCGGGAAAUUACGGCUUGGGAAUGAAGCGAAUUUGGCAGAUCUCUCCAUGCCAGGGGGUCCUCGGUGGCCGUGUUGACAUGGAGGGUGGGAAAUGUCAAUACGGCGAGGAGAAGAAGCUCACCAAGGGUGGCCUCAUGAACACCUUCUUUCAUACCGGCAUCCGUUACAAACCGGAGAUACGAGCAAACUGCAAGAUCAUGAUCUUCACGGCACUGACGUACUUGAUUAUCCAACUUCCUGCCUGGUUCAUCGACACGCAAAAGCCUGCCCUCACUGCGAAGGCCAUCGCCAAAGAAAACAGUCAGGAGUCUGCCUGGGCACUGAUCGGCAUGGUGUUCUGCAUACUCGAAUUUUCUAUGUAUCUGUACAUGCAGUAUGUGGCGGGUCUCCCUGAGCAGCAUCUUCCCCAUUCAGUUUCAAGUGCGGAAAUGCUGCGGGCAAAGUUCGACAGUUGCCUCGCAUGGGCGCGGGAUAAGAUGUCCGGGGCGGGCGUCGCACCGGCAAAGGCCAGAAGCUAUGUGGCGGCCAUCAUGAGGGCUCAGGAGCUCGGAGUCAAAGCAUGGAUGGAAGAGUUCCGAAGAGACUGGAAGCUGACGGAACAAAGCGAGAAAAACAAAGCGUUGCUCGACAAAGUCACCUUUCCGAAAGAUUUCAGAGAGACGCUGGCAAUGUGGUUUCGAAAGUACGCCAGCGCCUCUGAUCACGAUGGACUGAGAAUGACAGAGAUGGAUUUUAAUAACCUCCUGCGGGCUCUCCACUUGCAUGGUUACAAUGCCACGGAGCUUUUCACGCAGGUGGACGCAAACAACGACGGCAGCAUUGACUCAGAUGAAUUUACAGAAUGCUUCAAGCAUCUGGCCUCGCUGCCACCGAAAGCACCUGCUCAGCCUAGAAAAUCUCGGGCUACAAUUGCCACAGCAGAGGGAGUCACCCUGCCAGAAGCACCUGCAGCGGCCGAUGAUGAUGACGACGACGAGGACGAGGAGGAAGAAUCCAUGCCCGAGGAGUUCAAGGACCUUUCUGUGCAAGAGCAGAGGCGGCAGAUCCUGCUCAAAUCAAGCUACCUGAUGGGCCUUGGCACCCUGUUGGUACUUGUGUUCUCUGACCCUAUGGUGGAUGUGCUUGCGGAGAUUGGGAGGCAGAGUGGCAUCCCGUCCUUUUAUAUAUCCUUCGUGCUGGCGCCGAUGGCUUCGAACUCGUCAGAGUUGGUGGCAGCGUACAACUACGCAUCCCGCAAGACUUCCAAGACCAUUACGAUUGCCUUGAACACGCUGGAGGGGGCGGCUUGCAUGAACAAUACCUUCUGCCUGGGGAUCUUCAUGGCACUGGUAUACUUCCAGGGAUUGGCUUGGAAGUUUACCGCAGAGACCAUCACGAUCCUUGUUGUGGAGUUCGCUGUGGCGUUUCUUGUGCUGCUUAGCCCUCAUCAGCGCGUAUUUGAUGCAUUCAUCAUCUUAUGCUUAUUCCCCGGAGCGUUGGCUUUAGUUUACGUCCUCGAGAACUAUGUCGGACUGGACUGA